ACAGAUUGCAGUUGCUAUUUUUCAAAACAGGAAGUAGAUCUUAAAAUACUUUUCCAAACAUUUGCAAAACUUUGACAGUUGUAGAUUUUACAGGUGAAAAAGGAAGAAAGACAAAAAAAUUUGAUGUAUUAACUAAUUCCAUUCUGAGUAGGACUAUUCAUAUGAUUUAGUGUGUAGAAAUUGGAGGUUUUAUACAAAUUACACCAAAAUGAGGUUUGGAAGGAGAAGAAAUCGUCCAAGUUUGAAUUUGAUUCCAGACAGUACUGAUGCUACUGGGAACAACUUGUUACCAGCUUGUUGGGUGGUAUGGAAUUCUCCAUUUACUUUUUUACACAGUGCUACAAGCAGAUCCUGCCACUCUGAAAAUGUAACUCAUUAUGUGCCAAAGUGUAUUCCUGCUGUUUCGCCAUCAGACAUUUUGUGUGGUGACCGUGUUGAGAAUUUUUCCUCAGACUGUUGGCUUCAGAAUCAUUUAGAUAGAUUUGGACAUGAUAUACAACAGAAUAAUAAUCCAUCAAUUAUUGAGGAAAUAGAAGCUGACAACAGCGAUGACAGUCCUAUAGGAAGUCAUGCUACUACAGAAUCUAACAGCUUAAGUAGUUUUGAACUUGACAAUAGUUUAGAAGACGAAACCGUUAACAGACUGUAUAUUGCUUACAGACAUCUGACAGACAUUGCUCCUUAUACAGAAGUUGUUGAACCACCCCCGUAUGGACUUCCUGAUUUACCACCGUCCUAUGAAGAAGCCAUUGCAGGAGAUCACAGAAGGGACUCAGUUUCAACAGCAUCAUCAUCCUCUGAAGUGGAUUUCUAUUUAUAUUAAACUGUUAUAAUUAACCACUAACAAGGAAAACUCAUACAUUUGCAAUUUGUUUAAAGGGGAUAGGAAAUAUAUUUGCAAAUGGCCUUCUUCAGUUUGUACCUCAACUUGUAUUGUGAUAGUAGAAUAAUUUAAAAUGUUUACGAGAACAUUUCUUUACUAGAACAGUUGUGAUGUUCUUAAUGGAACAUUUACUCAAGAAAAGAGUUUGACAAAUUAAAGAAAGUUCAAAAUAUUUCAAGAUAAAGUUUUCAUUGGACAUCAUGCACAUUACAAGAACAACUGGGAGAUUUUCACUUUUACAACCUAAAUGUUGAAAAAAUCAUCCACACAUAUUUCAGUCUUUUUUUUAGAGUUAAAACUUGUUUCUACAAAUGAAAAAUGUACAUGUACAUUAACCUAUCAUCCUAUGACACAAAGGGAAUUAUUAUAUUUAUAUGUUUCCGAACGUAGAUAUUGUGCAGUGUGAUAAAAUCUUGUGUUAAAUUUGAAAUUAAAUUUUGUUUUUGUUUAAUACUUUGUUAAGUUUUAUAGCUUGAUAUGUUUUUGUUUAGUGCUGCACAUACUUUUAUUUUUAUUCUAUAUUAAGGUAGUAUGGGUGGUUCUUUCCUCCAUCUUGGAUUUUGAAAUAGAAAUGUAGCAGAAAACAAUCAGUUCAGAUUUUUAUAAUGGAAAAAAAACCCAGUAGUUCAGAUUUUUAUAAUCAUGAUAAUGGAGAAAAAAAAACAGUUUUGUGGCAAGAAUAUGUAAUAGACUUUUCAUAUAAAAACAAAAAUUGUUUUGAUCAUAUUUUGUAAUUAUAAUUGUGUAUUUUAGCACAUAUUUAAAGAAUAAAUAAUUCAUGCCUUCUAUGGGAGAUAACUCAUAUUUUAAUUUUAUAAAAAAUUUACAGUCAAUCUUUCUAUAUUAUAUAUUAUAAUUAAUGUAUUGAUGACCUAGCGUUUUCUUUUUGUUUUCUAAACCAAUUAAUGAGAGCUAUAUCUUACUAUUUAUUUCAAAACUCUGUCAUAUAUUGUUCUUUCUAUUCCCAAAAUAUUUAAUUUUUUUUCUUGUAUGGGUCGAUGAAAUUCUACAAUAUGUUGAUUAAAACAAGCUAGCUGAUGUAAAAUUUUAUCAUACUUUUGAAAAUACCACAAUAUCAAGCAAAGUAGGAAAAAAUCUUGUCACUUUUGGUUAAUAUCCAUACUACCUUAAUUAAACCAUAAAUUUUUGUAGUUUUUGUUUCAUCUUCAUAUAUUUGUAUCUGUAUGAGCAAUUUACAAU